AUGGCCACCGCCGCUUCCAAUCCUUAUCUGCCCAGCAAUAGCAUCUUAUCGUCCGGCUCCAUCGGCCACUCUGACUCGGGAGGAGGUGGCAUGCAGCCGGGCAGUGCUUCGGUUACCUCGGGCUCUGGGGGCUACCGGGGAGACCCCUCGGUCAAGAUGGUACAGAGUGACUUUAUGCAAAACGCGAUGGCAGCGAGCAACGGGGGACACAUGCUGAGCCAUGCCCACCAGUGGGUGACAUCCCUCCCGCACGCCGCCGCGGCGGCAGCAGCGGCCGCGGUGGCUGCAGCUGAAGCCGGGUCGCCCUGGUCGUCGAGCCCCGUCGGGAUGACGGGCAGCCCGCAGCAGCAGGACGUGAAGAACUCCGGCAGAGACGAUCUGCACACGGGCACCGCGCUGCACCACAGGCCCCCCCACUUAGCUCCACACCAGACGCACGCCGGGGCUUGGGGGAGCACGACUGCGGCGCACAUUAACUCCAUAUCCGGGGGCCAGCAGCAGCAGCAGUCGCUGCUCUACUCCCAGCCGGGGGGCUUCACUGUGAACGGGAUGCUGAGUCCUGGGAGCCAGAGCCUGGUGCACCCGGGCUUGGUGAGGGGGGACACCCCGGACCUGGACCACGGCAGCCACCACCACCACCAUCACCACCAGCAUCCGCACCACCAGCACCACGGCGGCGUCAACAGCCACGACCCGCACUCGGACGACGACACGCCGACCUCGGACGACCUGGAGCAGUUCGCCAAGCAGUUCAAGCAGCGGAGGAUCAAACUGGGCUUCACGCAGGCGGACGUGGGCUUGGCGCUGGGCACCCUGUACGGGAACGUUUUCUCUCAGACCACCAUCUGCAGGUUCGAGGCUCUGCAGCUCAGCUUCAAGAACAUGUGCAAGCUGAAGCCUUUGUUAAACAAGUGGCUGGAGGAGGCCGACUCCACCACCGGCAGCCCCACCAGCAUCGACAAGAUCGCGGCGCAGGGGAGGAAGCGAAAGAAGCGCACCUCCAUCGAGGUGAGCGUCAAGGGGGCUCUGGAGAGCCACUUCCUCAAAUGCCCCAAGCCCUCGGCCCAGGAGAUCACCUCCCUGGCGGACAACUUGCAGCUGGAGAAGGAGGUGGUGAGAGUUUGGUUUUGCAAUCGGAGACAGAAGGAAAAGCGGAUGACGCCCCCAGGAGUGGCACAGACGCCGGAGGAUGUGUACUCGCAGGUCGGCAAUGGGCAUUUUUUAGUAGAUUACUUAAAAGAUGCAAGUGAAGCGAGCGACCAGAGGGUGACAACCACAAGUUCAUUCCACCAGGUAAUUUUGGCGCAUUGA